AUGUUUAACAAGCCGAAAUCAUUUUCUUCGCCAUCCGAUGCUCAGGCUAGUGAAAAGUUAGCGCUCUACGUGUACGAGUACUUGGUUUAUUCUGGUGCUCAGAAGGCCGCACAGACUUUCCUUCAGGAAAUCGGAUGGGAGAAGCACAUUGUUCCCAACGAGGCCCCUGGUUUUCUCUUUUCAUGGUGGAGUGUGUUUUGGGAUCUCUACUGCGCCGCACCAGAGAGACGCGAUGUUCUCAAGCACUCCCCUGAUGCUCGUGCUUUCUACGACUACGGCUUGGCCAAUCCAGGCUUUGUUCCAGGUGGUCCACAGCCAACUCCGAUGCCGGGUCCAAGUCUUCAUUACGCCCAAGGAAGAAACGGUCCACCUUCCAUGCUUCAACAUCAGCAAUACAUCUCCCAACCUCGACAAAUGUAUCCACCUGGAAUCUCGCGCCCCAAUGAUAAGAUACCUGGUCUUGUGCCUAUGAACGAACAACAUUUGGAGGCCUUUUUGCCUUCCCCCUCUGCCGUCACUGCCGCUGCAUUCCGUCCCAACUCGAGCAUUCCAUCUCUCCCCAUCGCCUCUGCUCCCACGGUGACAUUAAGGCACCAGCCCCGUCCGAUGGGACCACGGGGAGCCUUGGUGGUAAAUGGUAACGCAGUUGGAUCCCUCAAUUCCUCAUCCUCCACCACUUCCUCCUCCUUCUCAGGCUCUUCCCCCAAUGGCGACUUUCAAUCUAGCCUGCAUCAACAACAAUUUGGUCGUCCGCAUCCCUUCCAACAGCAGCGCUCCCUCCCUCUCAAGAUGUCACCUUGUACGCCUAAUGGUCUGCUUCCCUCGCAGCAACAGCAGCAACCGCAGUGGGGUCCAAGCCUUAGCCACUCAGUCGAUUUCUUGGGGAACCCUCAGUCUACUGCCAAGAUGUCUCCAGAUAUCGGCUCAACGACACCUUCUAUACUCUUUGAUCCGACCUUGAUGGAGCAGUUGCCGUCGGUAGUACAGCCACAGCCCACACCACUGCCAUCAUCAGCCAGUAGUGGUGGUGGCACCGGUGAUGGUUUCGCUUUUUUUGGUCAGACCGACAGUCUGUCUGUGGAUGAAGCCGUGGUGUCGGGCGGGCAGCCGCAACAACAUCCACAACCACCACCGGUCUCUUCGCAGAUCAGUCAGCUACUCUCGCCCUCACCUGUGCAACAGACUCCGCGUUCGGACGCUCCGCGCUCCAAGGCGGCAAGCAUCGAAGAGGCUCUUCUCCUUAGCGCUCCCGAGCUGGAGCUAUUGGCGGGUUCCGACGACGCCACUGGGGUUAUGGAGGGCUCGGACCAGACGAUCAAUGGGCCGUCUGCCCCCGGCCGGGUCUUCGAUAGCGAUCAGAUAAAAGUCGCGGAGACGCCGAACAUCCUCUUCCCAAGCAGUGAUGACCUUCGGACGAUGCCGAACCUGGCGGACGUAAUGCAAGACUCUACUUCCGGUGACCUACUACCCUCAGCGUCAUCUGUGCAGAAGCCCUUCUGUCCCUUGAAGGAUAUCGAGGCCUCGGCGGCUCUCUUUUUGCAAGAGUAG